GCCUCUGCCCUGUGUGCACAGAGCUUGAAUGUUCUCCUCAUGCUUCAGGGGUUUCCUCCAGGUACUCUGGUUUCCUUCCCCAGUCCAAAGACAUGCAUUGUAGGCUGAUUGGCAUUGCUAACUUGCCCAGUAUGCCUUGUGCCCUGGGUUCCCUGGGAUAGGCUCCAGGCUCUCCAGUGACCCUGUGUAGGAUAAGCAGUAUGGAAAAUGAAUAGAUGGAUGAAAUUGCUUUGACUUUUAAUUUGAUUUAAAAAAAAAAUAGGACUUUUAGUUUGAAACAUAAACUCUACCGACGUUUACCACAAUGCGGCGUAACGGUCGCCCUCUAGUGGCUAUUUGAACAGUUUCCACCAGGGCCGUAAUGGCCGGGAAAGCGCAGUAAAAUUGUAACAGGUUGAGGUGACAUUAUAAUGUUGACAUUAUAAUGAAGUCAUAAUACGACAACGUGGCCAUUUCAGUAUUGGUGAAUUAUUUUUUUGAAGUAAAUGAGUGUACUCGGCUGCGUGUUAGCUUAUCGUUAUCAUCUUCCUGCACUUCUGAAAGUGAAAGUAAAGGUGCUGUCUGAGCAGGAAAGGAGACGGUAAGAUCUAGCUGGAAGAGAAGAAGUAUGUGAACAAAUCCAUUCACAUUUUAUCCAGAGUGACUUCCAUUCCAGAGGAGCUCCAAACCAAGCAGUUGACACAUGCUCAAAGCUCCAAUAGAGUCUCUGUGGUAGUCCUGGGAUUUGAACACAUCUCCUGAUCAGAAGCUCAUGAUGGCUGACCCAGCUGCAGGCUCUGCAUGGCGUGCAUAUGGAGCUCUCCUGUUCCUGGACGUGACCCUCUGGGUGUCCCUGUGGACCGCUAUUCUGGGCUCUCAGGGUGCUUUGCUCAUGAACCUGACAUGGCUGUGGGCUUUCAGGGCUUUCAGCUGGGUUCUGCUUCACACAGUCAGUUCAGCCACCCUGGACAAGACCAUACACAGUUUUCUGAAGCCCUGGGUAGCGUUACUGUGUUUUUUACCUCCUGUGUUUGAUAUGGUGCAAACCCUAGCUCUAGGAGGGAGGUGUGGCUUUAGUCCCGUGCCCAUGCCCUCCAUGGUGGUUUUAAGUGCCAUGACUGGCACUCUGGUCCAUCUGAUAUUGGACAAGGCAUUUCCUAGUAAAAAGGUGAAGAAAGAACAAGAGGCCAGGGUCCUCCUGAUGAGAGUGAUUCACUACUCAAAACCUGACUACCUUCACCUUGGGGUGGCCUUUUUCUUCCUCAUCUUGGCUGCAUUAUUUGAAUCAACUAUACCGCACUAUGUGGGGAAAAUCAUUGAUGGUUUGAGCGGAGAAUACAAGCACGACAACUUCUUGUGGGCCAUUGCAUGCAUGUCGUUUUACUCUUUUGGAAGUUCUAUGUUCACUGGCUUGAGAGGAGGCAUGUUCAUGUGUAGCCUGAGCAGACUAAACAAGAGAAUUCGACACAUGCUGUUUCAGAACCUGAUGAAACAAGACAUAAGCUUCUUUGAAGAAAAUAAACCAGGAAGCUUGACAUCGCGGCUGGUAUCGGACACUGAUAAAAUGGGCCGCUCUAUAGCCAUGAAUGUGAAUGUGCUCCUGAGGAGUCUGGUUAAGACAUGUGGCAUGCUUGUGCAGAUGCUCAGCCUGUCCUGGCAGCUCACACUCCUUAGCUUUGUGGAAAUGCCUCUCCUUGCUGUGCUACAGAACUAUUACAACAUUCACUACCAGAAAACAUCAAGGGAGCUGCAGGACUGCCUGGCUGAAAUUGAGCAGCUGGCAUCUUCUACCAUCAAGUCUGUAAAGACAGUGCGGCGCUUCAGGGCUGAGGCUCAGGAGCUGAAGAGGUACCAGGAGGCUCUGGACAGGAAGCUUCAGAUACUGAAACGCAAGGGCAUUUUCAGUGCAGUCCACCUCCUUCUGCGCAGAUGUCUAACGUUGAGCCUGAGGGUGGCAAUGCUGCUUCUUGGUCGCCGUCUCAUCUCCUCGGGUCAGCUAAGCGGUGGGAGCCUCCUGGCUUUUGUGCUGUAUCAAAAAGACAUGUUGAGCAACAUGAGGCAAUUGGUGUAUAUCUAUGGAGACAUUCUGAACACAGUGUGGUCAGCAGAGAAGGUGUUUAAGCUGCUAGACAGAAAACCGAACAUGCAAGAAACAGGCAACUGGGUACCUGAGAAACUGGAAGGAAGAAUCACCUUUGAUAACGUCACCUUCUCUUACCCUUCCCGCCCUGAAAGGAAAGCACUUAAGUCUGUGAGUGUAGAGCUGAGUCCAGGGAAGAUGACAGCGUUGGUUGGCCCCUCCGGUGGAGGUAAAACUACCUGCGUCAGUCUGCUGCAGAGGUUUUAUGAGCCUCAGCAGGGCCGAGUGCUACUGGACAAUGAACCACUUCAUGAGUACCAACACCAGUACCUGUGCAGCCAGAUGGCAGCUGUGUCCCAGAACCCAGUGCUGUUCUCUGGCUCUGUGAAAUACAACAUUGCAUACGGCCUACGUGACUGCACCAUAGAGAGGGUGAAGGAGGCAGCGAAGAAAGCCAAUGCACAUGACUUUAUUUGCAGACUAGACGAAGGCUAUGACACAGAUGUUGGAGAGUCUGGUGGGCAGCUGUCCAUAGGACAGAAGCAGUGUAUUGCUAUAGCCAGAGUGUUGAUCAGAAAUCCAAAAAUCCUCAUUUUGGAUGAAGCUACUGGCAAAUUGGACAUCAACACUCGGCACACGGUUCAGGAAGUCCUCUCUGGCUCAAAGGGUCAGACAGUGCUGGUGGUCGCUCAUUGUCUGAAGACCAUCGAGAGAGCCGAUCACAUCGUCUACAUAGAAGAUGGGAUGGUCAUGGAGCAGGGGACGCACGAGCAGCUUAUGGCCAAAAGAGGACGAUAUUUCCAUCUUAGGGAAAAACUGUUUACAGUGGAUUCUGACCAAAACUGAGCAGAUUCAUUACUGAUAAGUAUGAAUUUGCAAGUAUCAACUAUAUGUGACAGUAAUGAGAUCAAUUUAAAAUCAUUAUUUCAACACUGUGUAUGUGUUUGUAUUAUACUUCUGAGACCUUUACACUUUCAGGCACACAGAUUUACAUUUAGAGCUCAGAGGUGGAUAAAUCCAGUAACCCAGCUGCCCAGGACAAUUGGAUUAUGUCUCUGGCCAUGAGUUAUUUUCUGGCUGUCAAAUGACUGAGUUAGCAGCUGCUAUAACAGUCACCAGCAAUUAUCACACCCAUUCAUCACCCAGAGAAAAAUCCCUGCAUAGCUGUAGCUGCAUGUACUUUUAAAUAUAACACACUCCUCUUUGUUCUUUACUGAUGAGUUGAGUUAACCUGGUAGUGCACCAGUCAAAUUUUGACUAUUGGACUAUUUUUUUUUAAUCUGUUUAAAUUCCUCAAUGGCAGGGCCGCUCAGGGUAAUGCUGUAAGGUUGCUACUUAUUCUCUAAAAAUCUCUAAAGUGUUGCUCGUAUUUUUUUUUCUCUGCCAUUUCUACUGAACAUAUGACCUACACAGAGCUCACCAUUCCACACUCUUUUCUUGGUGGAAUAUAAACUUUUGAUUGAUAAAUGUGUAUGGUAGAGCAUGGAUGUUUAAUCUACUGUUUUUGAAAAGUGUUUUAAAAAAUCACCAAAUAUUUAAAAAAAUAACAUAAAGAACUAUUGUAGUGUUUUCAGAAAACAUUGGACUAGACCAAGGAAAAAAAAAAAAACCCA